GAUCCAUCAUGGUCGUCACUCCGUAGCAAUGACUCCGUAGCAAUGAGCAUUGACAGCUAAAAUUUGAGCCAGCGACUCAACGCGGAGCCUUGCGGCCCGAUGGAGCGCACCUCUGCUCGUCACGGCGCUGCCGGCACGUUGGAGCCAGGUCAACCCGGCGUAGAUAUACUCUCCUUCAGCGCCCUCAUUAGCAUGAAACGAGACCAACUCUCGAACCACUCAUUCUCGUCCCAAUCGCUGCUGUCUGGAGAGGUCUGCGACUUCUCGACUUUCUAUCAUGGCGUUCGGCUUCCUCGUGCCAGACACCUACGUGGUGGUACAACCAAGCCUCAAUGACUUGUUGAUUGCAAGUAUCAUCUGGGGAUUCACCCUGGCGACGGGCGUCUUUUCGGGCACAAAGGCGUUCAAGCAGACUUGGGCCACAUGGAGACGGUCGCACCGCCUGCAUGCGUACGCGAUAAUGAUCUGGGCUGAGUGGACUGUGUCCAUGGUCAUCGGCGUUCUGUCUUGGACCUUUAUUCGCGGAUUCAUUACGCCAAGCUUUUGGAUUUACUUUACAUUCUUGUGUCUCUGGGUCGUCCAGAUUCAAUGCAUCUGCGGCAUCAUCAUCAACCGAAUCGCUCUCCUCAUGGUGGACAAGCGCAACGCCAACAAGAUUCGAUGGGGCGCGGCUCUUGCCCUGGGCUUGAUCAACAUCAGCGUCUUCAUCGUCUGGAUUCCUGCGCGCCUGCAGAUAUCGCCCAUGUGGGUGCACGUCAACGAAAUCUACGAUCGAAUCGAGAAGGUGCUGUUCUUGGUCAUUGACGCAUGUCUGCACCUGUACUUCAUCUACCUCCUUCGAGUCAAGUUGAUAGCGAACGGGCUUGAGAAGUACGUCCCGUUGUUCAGGUUCAACCUGAUGAUGGUGGCAGUGUCGAUGAGUCUAGAUGUAAUCCUCAUUGGCAGCAUGUCGAUUGGAAAUGGAUUCAUUUAUGUCCAAUUUCACCCGCUGGUGUACAUGCUGAAGCUACACAUCGAGAUGAACAUCUCGGCACUAAUCGUCAAGGUUGUCCGCGCGACAGGCGACAACAGCUCGUAUGCAAAUGGCACAACCGGCACCGAACUGCAGUCGAAACCGAACAACCGAUCCGGGGCUACCGUGCCGUCAAACCACAUGUUCUCCGGAAAUCACGGCACUCAGACGCAGGUUGAAGCUGAGACGGGCGAUGACGCUCCCAAGGGCUUUCCCCGUGGAAUCACAAAAAUGGUGCAGACGCGGAUCACGGUGACGCCGCGGAAUCAUGACGAGGUGGAGGAUAAUGAAGAUGGGAGCUCGCAGUCAUCGACGCGUCGGCUGAAGGACCACUCGGAGCCAUACCGAGGCCAAUUCGUAUGAUUUCGCGGGAUCGAACUUGUAAUUUUCUUGAGUACCGGUACUAGAUUAGACGGCGGGACACGCCCAGCGGCACAUCAGUUUGGUACAUAGUAGAUUGGCCAAACAUAAUGAGACUAAGGCACACUGUUUUGGUUCA